AUGAUUGACUGUAAACCUGUUACAAUGCCCAUGGCCACCACCUCUGCAGCCUCUUCCUCAGGGGGUGUCCUUCUCUCGGAUCCUGCAAGGUAUAGAUCCAUUGUAGGUGCUCUCCAAUACAUCACUCUCACCAGACCUGAUGUAGCCUACUCUAUCAAUCAAGCCUGCCAGUUUAUGUAUGCUCCCUCGAAGGACCAUUGGACCCUGGUCAAAAGAAUCCUCCGUUAUCUCCAGGGCACAAAAGACCAAGGGUUGUUCAUCUCUAGGUCCGACUCUCUUCAACUUCAGGCAUUCUCUGAUGUUGAUUGGGCUGGUGAUAGUGCUGAUCGGAAAUCAAAAGGCGGUUAUGCCAUCUAUAUGGGUCCCAAUUUAAUCUCUUGGUCAUCUAAAAAGCAAAAUACGGUUGCAUGCGCUUCUACUGAAUCAGAGUACAAGGCUAUCGCUGAUGCUUGUGCAGAACUCACAUCGCUCCACUUUCUCUUUGCUGAACUGAGCAUUCCUAUCCCACAGUGCCAAUCCUCUGGUGUGACAAUAUUGGUGCCACUUAUCUCUCAUUCAAUCCUAUGUUUCAUACCAAUACAAAACAUGUUGAAAUAG